AGCAACGACGCAACGCGGCAACUUGCGACUGCAGCCUGAGUUAUUGGUGGCGUCUCGUAAUUGAUAAUAUUGAAUGCAGCACAUUGCCAAGCGAAAUCCAUUACUAAGCUCGCUCUGAGUUGCGUUUCUUAACGACGACGACGACGUCGCUUCGAGAACUCUUUCUCUCCGGCCACAAAAGAUGGCGAGCGUUUAAAAACGCGCGGGAAACGCGCGCGACAUGUGACAGCAGCCAAGAGGAGGAAAGAGUGAAAAACGACAGACAAAAAAAAAACAAGUAGAAGAAGAAAAUAAUAGAAAAACAAAUGAAAUAUAAAAACGGCAAUGGAGCCACACACUGAUUGAGAGCAGCAACAGCACAAAACACAGAGAAAAUACUAAAAUCACACACAGCGAGAAAUAUACUGAGAGAAAGGGAAGAAGAGUGGGCAAAUCGAAAUCGAAAAUGUGCAACGGCAGCAACCCAAACACGGCGACAACUGCUGCAACGCUCACAAACUUAUUAGCGAAAUGCACGAAGUCAACAAGCAGCCACCACAGCAACAGCAACAACAACAACAACAACUGCAACGACAUUGGCAGCAUCAACGCUAGCAAUUGUCAGCAGAGAAGUCGCAUGCAAGUGCCAACAGGAGCUGAAGUUGGAGUCAGAGUCAGAGUCGGAGUCACAGUUGGAGUUGCUGAGCUGGCAGGCGGCAACGAAGAGCCACAAAAACAACGAGCAAAACGUCAAAACAUGCAGCAGGAACAGGAAGAGAAGCAGCAGCAGCAGGACGACCAAGAGCAGCAGCAGCAGCAGCAGCAGCAGCAUAAUCAGCGGCAACAUCAACAACGUCAGGAACAAGGACAUCAAAUAAAGCAAAUGGCAGCGGGGACAAAUGGAGAGGCAGUCGCCGUUGCGGCAGCCAAAGUACAUGAACACAAACACGAAUUUGGACGAGACCAAGAACAACGUCGUCUAAAUUGCAAUAAUGUUACCAGACUGCAGCCUCAGCAGCAGCAGCAGCAGAAGCAACGACAGCAGCCACGACAGCAGCAACAUCAUUUGAAGCUGCAGCAACGUAGCUGUCCCUCGAUGCUGCUGUGGUUGACGCUGCUAGCGACAGCAGCAGCAGCAGCAGCUACAACUACAACAGCAACAGCAACAGCAACCAAACCAACAGCAACACCUUCAGGAGCAGCAGCAGCAACACUUGUUCAGCGCUCCGCCCGCUCGCUAAGCAUCGGUCACAAUGGUCUUGGCAGUGGCAUCAGCAGCAGCAGCAUCAUGGGCCACAGCAGCAGUGGCAGUGGCAUUGCCAGUGGCAAGACAGGCAAUGCACGUGAAUUGCACUACGAGCUGAGCAGCGGCAGCGGCAAUCUAGCAGCAGCAGCAGCAGCUGGAGCCGGCGGCAAUGGCGUCGGCGGUGGAGCAACGGGCAUCGAAUGUCCCAGCUUCGAUGAUAGCUCGGCCUGUCCUUGCUACAAGUUCGAGGAUGGCCUCUUCCUCGAGUGUCCGGGCACCACGGCGCUGUCGCUGCGCUCAACACUUGAACGCAUCUCGGCUCCGAUACACUCGCUGUCCAUCUACGAUUUCGAUAGAUCGGUGACCUCGCUCUCGCAGGACGUCAUCCAGCCGGGUGUGCAUAUACGGCAUCUGCAGUUCUCCCAUUCGCACCUCGAGGCUCUCAAGGAGAGCAGUUUGCGUAAUUUGCGCGGCAGCCUCGAGUCGCUCAGCAUUGUCAAUGGCAAAUUAACGCAGCUGCCGUCACGUGCCCUGAGCUCCUUGCAAAAGCUGACAGCUCUGGACUUUGACUACAACGAGAUCGUGCGCAUCGACGACUACAGUUUCUAUGGCCUGCGCGUGUCCAAGCUGAACAUCAAAGGCAAUCGCCUGCAGAGCAUACCAGAGAAUGGUUUCACCGGUCUCGAGGACUGCAUGCAAGAGAUCGAUGUCUCCGAGAACGGACUGCGCACCUUUCCCAUGCUCGCACUGCGCAAACUCGGACAUUUGCGUAUACUCCGAUUGUCGAACAACAAGAUCUCAACCUUCUAUGGCGACAUACAGCUGGCCACGAACAAUGCUUCGGCUGCGGUGGCCACAGCAGCGGCAUUGCAGUUGCCUUCCCUCAUUUUACUCGAUUUGAGUUCGAAUCAAUUCAGCGAGAUUGUCCACGAUUGCUUUCGCGCCUUUCCCCAACUGCAGACGCUCUCAUUCUAUGCGAAUCAAAUUGAACUGGUGCAGCCGGAGGCAUUCAAGAGUCUCAAGGAGCUGAUGUCAUUGGAUAUGUCACACAAUCGCAUCAUUGCACUCGAUCCCAAGGUCUUCGAUAAGAACAAGCGACUGCAGACUGUCGACUUGAGUCACAAUCACAUUCACGCCAUCAGCGGCGUUUUCUCUAAUCUGCCGCAGUUGCGUGAGGUGUUUCUCUCCGAGAACAAUAUACUCGAGUUGCCGGCGGAUGCGUUCACCAACUCGACGCUGGUCGAUGUCAUCUAUUUGGAGUCGAAUGGCAUUGCACACAUCGAUCCGAAUGUGUUUAGCACGUUGGCUAACCUGGAUCAUUUGUAUUUGCGCUCGAAUUUCAUUCCCUUGGUGCCCGUCACGCUCUUCGACAAGUGUAUCAAGCUCUCGUCGCUGUCGCUGGACAAUAAUGAGAUACAGGAUCUGGAGAUUGGCAUGUUUCGCAAGCUGGAGCAGUUGCGUGAGGUGCGACUGCAUAACAAUCGCAUACGCCGGGUGCGCAAGGGCGUCUUUGAGCCGUUGCCCUCGUUGCAGGAGCUGCACAUCCAGAAGAACAACAUCGAGGACAUUGAACCAGGAGCAUUUCACACGUUGCGUAACAUGCAACACAUCAAUCUGCAGGACAAUCAAUUGACCGUGCUGGAGGACAUCUUCCCAGAGCAGAACUCAUCGCUGCUGUCGAUUCAACUGGAAUCGAACUAUCUGAACAAGAUACAUCAGCGCACGUUUCGCCAGCAGCAACGCAUACAGAUCAUGUGGCUGCGCGACAAUAAGCUGCUGAAGAUCGAUCGAUCGCUGUUCGUGGACACCCCACAGCUGGGCAGGCUGUACCUGAGCAACAAUCUCAUACGUGAGAUCGAGAAGGACACGUUUGGCAGUCUGGGGGCGUUGAAGUUUCUCGACCUGAGCGGAAAUCAAUUGCGGCAACUGCGUCGCGAUUACUUUGCGGCCCUGCAGAACCUUGAGGAGCUGAGUCUGGCACACAAUCACAUUGAGGCCAUUGAGGGUUAUGCGUUCAGUCGCCUAAAGCAACUUAAAUCACUGGACUUGUCCCACAAUCCGCUUGUGCAAUUAACGCGUGACAUCUUUCUGGAGGAACUUCCGCUGAUCACGCUCAAUUUGCGCAACACUUCGCUGCGUAAGCUUGAACUACACACGUUUAAGUCGCUGCAGAACCUGAACGAAUUGAAUCUAGAGCGCAAUCAACUGAAUCCGGCGGACAUACAGAAACUGGAUGUACAGAGUUUGCGGCGUUUGCAUUUAUCGCACAACAACUUCAGUCAUGUGGGCAUGGGCGGCACCAUGGGUGGCAUCAUGUCGGGCAUGUUCGAUAAGCUGCGCUCGCUGCAACAGUUGUCUAUGGCCAACUGCAGUCUGACGAGCAUUCCGGACCAACUCUUUGCCAAGAACACAAACCUCGUGCGCAUCGAUUUGUGUGACAAUCAAUUGACCGAAAUGAAUCGCAACAUUUUCAGCGGCUUAAAUGUGUUCAAGGAGUUGCGUUUGUGUCGCAAUAAUCUCGUCGAAUUCCCGCACAUUGCUCUGUACAAUUUGAGUACAUUGGAGACCUUGGAUUUGGCGCGUAAUCAACUGAUCUCCAUUGACUUCUUCAAGCUGAGUGGCACACUUAAUUUGCGUCAACUCAUUUUGCGUGACAACAAGAUCAACUCGUUAAGUGGCUUCAAUGCGGUGAACCUCACGCAACUCGAUAAUGUGGAUCUCAGUGGGAAUCUGUUGUUGUCGCUGCCCGCCAACUUUUUGCGGCACUCGAUCAAUUUGCAACGCGUCGACUUGUCCAGCAAUCGCUUUCUGCAAAUUCCCAGUUCUGCUUUGUCCGAUGUCUCCAUACCGCGUUUGUCGUGGCUCAACUUGACCGGGAAUCCCAUCAACAAGAUCUAUACGGUCAAGGAGGAGCGUUAUCUGUAUCUGAAGGAGUUGUACAUCUGCCAGACGAAUCUCUCCAUACUCACCUCGAAGGAUUUCGAGGCAUUCCAGGCACUGCAACAUCUGCACUUGAUCAACAAUCGCAUCACACGCAUUUCGCCCGGUGCCUUCAAGUCGUUGACCAAUCUGUUGACUCUAGACAUAAGUGUCAACGAGUUGGAAAUGCUGCCCAAAGAGCGUUUGCAGGGAUUGCGUUUGCUGCGAUUACUCAAUAUCUCACACAAUACACUCAAGGAUCUCGAUGAGUUUAGCGGCGAUUUGGCGCAGUUGCAAACGCUUGACUUGAGCUUCAAUCAGCUGGAUCGCAUCUCCAAGAAAUCGUUCCGCAAUCUUCAUGGCUUGGUGGAGCUGCUGCUAAUGGGCAAUCGGAUGACGGCGUUGUCCCACGAUGGUUUCCGCUAUCUGCGCAAAUUGCAUCUGCUGGAUCUUCGCAAGAAUUACUUCGAGCUGGUGCCGUUGGAUCCGCUGAAGCCGCUGGAAACCAAUUUACGUACGCUCAAGCUAGAAGAGAAUCCACUGCAUUGCAGCUGCGAUGCGCAAAAGCUGUGGGAAUGGCUGCGGGAUCAUCGCAAAUGGUCGCUAUCGCCAACGGGCGGCGAUAACAUUAAUUAUCUGAGGUGCGAACACCCAACGGAGCUGCGUGGCAAGGUGUUUGGCCGCAUGGAGCCGCAGCAAUUUUGCGAUGCCCCAUUAAUACCCAAAAUGGCCAUACAGGACAUUCAGCCCUAUUCGGUGGUCGUCUCCUGGCAGAGUCGCGAACAUUUGGGUCUCACUGGAUUCGAAAUUGUUUACCAUGCCACCGGCGAUGGACUCGGCUCUGGGCCAACCGAGCGCGACCAGGCCAAAGGUCAUCAUCAUGAUAUUCAUCGCGAUUGGGAACGCGACCAGGAUGUCGAUAGAGACUACGAGCGACUGCAUCAGAGCAGCGACCGGGAUAGGGAGCGAGGAGAACGUGAACGUCUGGCCCAAUUUGCUGCCACGGAUGAGAUACACGGCAAGCGUCUAAACGGCACGGCCAGCUCGACAAAGCUAACGAAAUUGAGCCCGAACACGCGCUAUCACAUCUGCGUCAUCGGCACCGGUAAUUGGCUCUCGGAGCCUUUGGCCAAUGCGCUGCAAAGGUUGCACUACAACGACUCAAGGGACGACUUGCUGCUGUCUGGUUCAGUCUCAGCUUCAGCUUCUAGCUCCAAUGAUGUCUCAUUGGCAGCUGCCUCACAACCGCUGCCGGAAGCCUACUCACCGUAUCUCCAUCUCAACGAAGCGGACAACGACAGCGGACAGCAGCAUCUACAGCAGCAUCAACAGCAGCAAGCACUCAUCGAGAACAGCAUUGUGACGGACAAUGUACUGCACGAGGUGCUCAAAAAUUCACAUUUCUCAGCCUGCACCGAUGUGCAGACACUCGACUCGACGCCCAGUUUGAUUACGGAUGAGAACGGACUGUCGAGCAAUGGAUUCAUACACUCGAUAUUGACACGUCGCUUGGGUCUGAUUGUUGGCUGCUGUUUGGGCAUUAUUGUGUUCAUUGUGAUGAUCUCGGUGCUCAGCUACGUGAAGCUGAAGAAGCAGCGCAUCGAGAACGCCAAGCGGCAGGCUGCAAUGCCGCCCGAAUACAUUUCCUAUCGUCACUUCAGCAUACCCAACGAGGAGCUCACACGCACCGCAGCGAACGUUGGCAAUGCGGCAGCAGCAGCCGCUGCUGCGGCACAAGCAGCUCAGGCUGCAGCAGCAGCAGCCGCAGCAGCAUCUUCAGCGGCAGCUGCAACAUCAACGACAGCGGCAACAACCAUGUCGAGUGUGCCGAGUGGCAUCAGUGGGCACAUCAGCGGGACCAGCUUGAGCACCGGCACAACAACAACCACAGCGGCCACAACACCCAUUGGCGGAGUGCCGCUGCCGAUGGUGAAGAGCGGCAGUCGCAGUCCCAUUGCGGGCAUUGCGGGAUUGGUUGUUGCCGACAACAUUGUUGCCGAUGGAGCGGGCAAUGUUGUUGCCGUCUCCACAGCAUCGCCGGCCAACAGUAGCAAUGGUGGACAUGCUCACAGUCACACACACACACACAAUCACAGUCACACACACGCACACAAUCACAAUCACAAUCAUCAUAGCCACAAUCAUCAGCAGGCAGCGGCGGCGGCGGCUGCAGCGGCGCAUCGACAGCAGAACAACAACAACGGCGGAGUUGUCGGCGGUUAUAUGGCAGCUGGUGUUGUGCUCAAUACGAAUCACUUGAGUGUCUGUUAGUAGUCUCUCGCAUUCAAAAAGUUAUUCAAUUUAUUCGAUUGCUUUCAAAUCAAAUGAAAUAUGAGAAUGCGUUUAUCAUACACAGUCGUAACGUGUUUGACCUCCCCCCACCAUUCCCCCUCACAAAAAAGAAAAAAAAAGAAAAACGUGUCCAAAAAACUGAUCUGUAAACUCUCGUACAUAUAUUUCAUCUUUCAAAUGGCAUUCAAUUCAUUCAUUUAGCAUAACUUUUUCAAUCAGAGAGAGAUAGAGAAAAUGCAAAAGCAUUUUUAUGUUUUCCAAUGUGGCCCAAAAAUGCAUUUAAUUUAUGAGUAAAAAUCCCAACUAACAAACCAAAAACUAAAACCACAAAAAAAAAAAGGAAAAACAUAAACUAGGUUAGUGAUAAUCAUCAUGUUGCGUUCAACGUUCGUUUAGUUAUGAAACAAUUUAAAAACCGAAAAACCUUUUUUUUUUAUUCAAUGUAAAUAAAAGUUGAAUCGAAUUGAAAACUCAGCGCGAGAAAGGAAACAAAACCAAAAAGAGAGAAGAGAGGAAGAAAUCGACAAAUGAAUUAAUAAAUAUAAAUCCGUUUUUAGAUUAAUGAUAAAUAACUUACAUUAAUAAAUACAUAUAUGGAAAAUACACAAUAUAAAUACCGAUUACUAUGCGAAAUGUCGGAUAUGACAGAUAAAUCAAACCAGAUGCCAGUUAUUACAGCUAAAUUUGAAUAUGUAGGAUAUAAAAACACACACAUGGACACACACUAACACAUAUGACAUAUAAACACACACUUGUAAUCAAGGUAAUGACUUUUUUUUUGCCACAAAAACAAAAUGAGAUACUAUACUUAGAGUUAAUCGAAAUUUUUUUCUAGAAGUGAAGCGCGGUAAGUGAAAAAUACUAAGUAAAUAGCAAAGAUGCGAAGAAGAAGAAGAGUAAACAAAUAAAAAUAGUAGCAUAAAAGAUUGAAAGAGAAACAUAUUAACUAACUAAUUAACAAAUAAUAAUAAUAAUAAAUACAAUUAAAUUAAAUUAAAUUAAAUUAAUUAAGCGUGCAACAUGCAGUAAAUGUUAGCAAAACUCAAAGAGUUUCAUUUGUAAAAUGCAUAAUGUUUUCUUAAUGGUUUUUUUGUCUUCGUAUUUAACUUUAAUCUCGACUCGUUUCAUUUGGGUUUUAUAAAUAAAUACUGAUUAUUAAAUACAUAAUUUCUAGCUUUAGUCACAAAGAAUUAGCUAUAAAAAAGAGAGAAAUAAAUGCAACUACAAUUGAACGGCAUCUUAUCGAAAUAAGAAAUAAACAUAUUUACUUAUAUAUAUGGCAAAUAAAGAAACAAAAAGGAAAAUAAUAAAAUGUCAUGUAGUUCGAGAAUGAGUAUAACAAUUACUUUAUAGUCAGCUGGGAAUGCGAUAACUAAGUGAAACGAGCUGCUAACGUACUAUACACAACAUACAAACAGUCAAAACCAAUUUAAGGCACACUGCAACAAUUUAAAUAAUGACAAAAUCAACAACAACAACAACAACAUGCAAAUGAAAAAACAAAAAAACAACACAAAUGCAAAUAUUGCUCAAGAAUUUUGUUAGAAAACUACUCGUAAGCUAAAAAAAAAAAGCAAGAGAGAGACACAAACAACAAAUCAAAUCAUAAGAAAUGUUGCUGCCCCCAAAAAAUGUUAUGCAUACACUCAACUUCCUCCACUUCCAGUUCCACUUCCAGUUUCAGUUCCACUUCCGCUUUCCCCACUCGAAUAUAGACCGAGUUGUGUUUCUUUUAUUUAUUCACACAGCUUGGACAUUUGUUUAAAUCAAAUCAAACAAAAAGCGAUAACAAUGCAGUAAACUAAAAAUCUUCGGCAUACCGAAUCUGCAAUUCCCUUGCAGACGAUGUGCGAAUCUAUUGUAUAAAUGCAAAUGCAAUUAUUAUUUUUUUUUUGUCUGUAGCUAGUGCAAAUAUUAUUUCAAGUAGAACAAAUUUUGAUAUACACUAAUAGAACUAUUCUUCAAUAUUCUUCAAGAUAUGUAUAUUAGCUUAGCAUACAUCUGAAAUUUAUUUUAAUAAUUAUAAUAUCGUCUGCAGGGGCAUCAAUAAUAAAUUGAUCAAGCAAAGGCACAACUAUAUAGACACAGCAAGUUAAAAAUAAUAACUGCGAUGAAGGGGCAAACGUUUCAACAUAGAGAAAUACACACACGAAACACACAAAUGGAAAGAGCAAACCAAAAAACGAAAAAGAAAAAAUAAUAGCUGCACAUGUUGCAGAUGCAAAUGCAAAUCAAAAUCAAAAAUCGAACUUAAAAUACAAAAAGCAAAUAAACAGAGCAUUAAUUAUUUUGCCAAAGCAAACAAAAAAAAAAACAGGAAUAAAACAACCAAAAAUGAAAUAAUAAAUAUAAGAAGAAUAUGCCGAAUUAGGAAAGCUUUCAAUGCUCUAUACAGUGUCUAUUGUGGAAGGACUCUGUCUCCCCCUUCUGCUAAACUAGUUUUAGUCUCAAGGCAAAUGCAAAAUAUUUAAGAAGCAGCGAGAGCGAAGAAAA